AUGUCAAAUUCGCACGAUGCUGACAAACAUAUUCGAGUAGCGUUAAUAUCAGAUUUCUUUUGUCCGAAUGCUGGAGGUAUUGAGACUCACAUUUAUUUUCUGGCGCAAGGCCUUCUAAAGUUUGGUUAUUACGUAAUUGUUAUAACCCAUGCCUAUGGCGAUAGAAUCGGAAUUCGAUAUCUUUCGAAUGGAUUGAAAGUUUAUUAUCUUCCAUUUAUUGUUGCAUAUAAUGGCUCUACUCUUCCCUCAAUUAUUGGCUCUUUAUAUUGGUUUAGGAAAAUAUUUCUUCGUGAACGCAUACAGUUAGUACAUGGUCAUUCGACAUUCUCAUCAAUGGCGCAUGAAGCGCUUUUUCAUGCUUGGUCCAUGGGUUUAAGGACAGUUUUUACCGAUCAUUCAUUAUUUGGCUUUGCAGACGCUUCAGCAAUACUUACAAACAAGCUUGUUUCAGAAUAUUCGCUCAUCAAUGUUGAUCGAAUUAUUUGUGUUUCAUACACAAGUAAGGAAAAUACCGUUCUACGUAGCAAAAUCGCUUCAUAUAAGGUUUCCGUAAUUCCGAAUGCUAUUGAUACAAAUUUGUUCACGCCUGACCCUCGUUUAUUUUAUAACAAUCCGACAACUGUUAUUGUAUUGUCUAGGCUUGUUUAUCGCAAGGGUGCUGACUUACUAAUCAAAGUAAUUCCGCGGGUUUGUGCAAUUCAUCCAUCGGUUCGGUUUAUUAUUGGUGGUGAUGGGCCAAAAAGAGUGGAUGUAGAAGAAAUGCGAGAGAAAUAUCAACUUUUUGAUCGAGUUACUUUACUUGGCACUUUGCCUCACGAUCGAGUCAGAGAUGUGUUGGUUCAAGGUCAGAUAUUCUUGAAUACGUCACUAACUGAAGCAUUUUGUAUGAGUAUUGUAGAAGCAGCAUCUUGCGGUUUACAUGUUGUUUCUACCAAUGUUGGAGGUAUACCUGAAGUAUUACCAGACAGUUUUAUUAUUACAGAUGAACCUUUCCCUGAUAAUUUAAUUAAUGCUUUGAUAAAAGCGAUCAGAAUGCGAGAAAAUGAUGAAUUAAUGGCCCCAGAUGUACGACAUUCGGCUGUUUGCCAAAUGUAUAAUUGGCCUGAUAUAGCAAGACGAACAGAAAUAGUAUAUACAUCCGCAAUGAACGAAGAAAAAUGUUUGUGGUCCGAAAGAAUAGCUCGUUAUUAUGAGCAUGGAAUUGGUUUCGGUAUACUGUAUAUAUGGGCUGCUGCCAUCAAUAAAAUUUUUUUAUUUAUACUGGAAUUUUUUCAGCCUUCUUAG